AUGUACGGACUCGUUGUGGGAGUUGCCUCACUCUCAGCCCUGACUGACAUCUAUGGCCAUGGUACACCAUGCAACAAAGACCUUUUCUACAGCACACUCUCCGGCACCCAUUUCAACCUUGCCGACUGUGUCGACAGAGCCGAACAUGCUCGUAAAAGAAAGGUGUUAUCAACCGCAUAUGCUCUCAAGAACCUUGAAUCCUGGGAGCAUAAGAUCACUGACAAAGUCGCCAUGAUGAUCAAACAAUUCGACAGGCGUUGCACAAAUCCAUUGAAACCAGGAGAACGGCCAUGUCCAGCUGAUCUCACUGUAGACUAUCGAGCAUGGACGAAUUUCUUCACAAUGGAUGCUAUCGCCGACAUUGGCCUGAGUGAGCAUCUGGGCUUUAUAGUGGCUGGAAGCGACGACAUUGUCGGAGAGAAGCUCAAUGGCGACACAUACACUACUAGCUACCGGGAGUGCUUACAUGCAACCCUUGAUGCGCAAUCUCACCUGAUUUGGGCCUAUGACUGGUAUAAACCUCUCUCAAAACUGAGCGCUAUGCUCUCUAGUCAAUAUUCCCGUUGGUUCAAGCUUGCUGGGAACUGGGAUGGUGUCGUAUAUCACCGUGCUACGAAGCGACUCGUAAGGUACCAGAAAGGCGAGAAGCUGGACGAUUUCUUUCAAGCAUUGAUGGAAGACAAGAACGGAAAACCGAACAACUUGCCAUGGGGAGAGAUUGUUGCAGAAAUGUCUGUCAUGCUCAAUGCUGGUUCAGCCUCGACUGCCAUCGCAAUCAACAACACCAUGUAUUUAUUGCUCAAGCAUCCUUCGGCACUUGCAACACUUCGAGCAGAAUUGUCCACUGUCUUGACCGAUCAUGAUGAGGUUGUAGCAUACGACCAAGUGAAGCAUCUUCCCUAUCUUCGAGCCUGUCUAGAUGAAAGUAUGAGAAUCCUGCCUCCAACCACCUUUGGACUCCCGCGCCGAACUCCUGCAGAAGGCCACUCAAUCAACGGGGACUACAUCGCAGGAGACACCAGUGUCUCGAUAUCCGCCUAUGUUGCGCACCGGGAUGAAGCUGUCUUUAUAGAUCCCGAAUGUUUCAUUCCGGAGCGAUGGCUUGGAGAACAGGGCAAAGAACUUCAACAAUACUUCAUCGCUUUUAGCGCUGGUUCUCGGGGAUGCAUCGGUAGGAAUAUCAGUUAUCUCGAACAGGUUAUUCUGCUUGCAACCAUGUUGCAUCGAUAUGAGUUUGCAUUGCCCCAUCCUGAGUGGGUUCCAGAGUUGCGAGAGCAUUUCAAUCUUGUUCCAGGCCCUUUGCCUGUGAAGGUAUGGAGAAGAGAAAAUUACGAUGCAUGA